AUGGACGUCUAUCUCCCGGCAUACUUAAAAAGACAGCUGCCUGCCAGAAAACUUCAAGCUAUUACCAUGCUCAGAUCCCUCACCAGAGCCAGAGUGGCGGCCCCGCGUCUCGCGCGUACCAUGGCCACCACCACCGACUCGUCGGACUUGGUCCAAAUCGAAUUGAACCCGGAACUGUUCGAGACCUACAAGUUGGACGAGAGCCCUUCGCUCAACUUCGAAACUGAGAAGGAGACUCUCUUGGAAAUGUACAAGGAGAUGAUCAUUAUCAGACGUAUGGAAAUGGCCGCUGACGCUCUUUACAAGGCCAAGAAGAUCAGAGGUUUCUGCCAUCUUUCCAUUGGUCAAGAAGCCGUUGCUGUGGGUUUGGAAAGCGCCAUCACCAAGAAGGACACCGUCAUUACUUCGUACCGGUGCCACGGUAUCUCCUACGUGCGUGGUGACUCCGUCAGAUCGAUUCUCGCCGAAUUGAUGGGGAGACGCACUGGUGUGUCUCGUGGUAAGGGUGGUUCGAUGCACAUGUACGGUCCUAACUUCUACGGUGGUAACGGUAUCGUCGGUGCUCAAGUGCCCCUUGGUGCUGGGUUGGCUUUCGCCCACAAGUACCGUAACGACAACUGCGCCACUUUCGCUCUUUAUGGUGACGGUGCCCUGAACCAAGGUCAAGUGUUCGAACUGUACAACAUGGCCAAGUUGUGGGACUUGCCGGUUGUUUUCUGCUGUGAAAACAACAAGUACGGUAUGGGUACCUCGGCCCUGAGAUCGUCGGCCUCCACCGAAUACUUCAAGCGUGCCCAAUACAUCCCCGGUCUUAAGGUGAACGGUAUGGAUGUGUUGGCUUGUUACCAAGCCUCCAAGUUCGCUAAGGACUGGGCCUCGUCGGGUAGAGGUCCCUUGGUAUUGGAAUACGAAACCUACCGUUACGGUGGUCACUCCAUGUCCGACCCCGGUACCACUUACCGUACCAGAGAAGAAGUCCAACACAUGAGACUGCGCAAUGACCCCAUUGCCGGUCUUAAGGCCACCAUGAUCGAAAAGGGUAUCGCCAACGAAGACGAAAUCAAGGCCUAUGACAAGAAGGCUCGUGCUUACGUCGACGAACAAGUUAAGUUGGCUGAAGCCGACGCUCCUCCCGAUGCCUCGUUCCAAAUUCUCUUCGAAGAUGUGUACGUGCCCGGCUCGGAAAUCCCCGUGUUGAGAGGGAGAAUCUCCGACGACUCGUGGGAUUUCAAGAACCAAACUUUCUUGAACAAGCGCUACUAA